CUGUGCGCCGCGAUCGCUUCACCGUUGUUAUUUACAGUUUGACUCUCAUCGCGGGGACCACGCACCAUGRCCGGCGUCGAUCUCGAUCUGUUUUCUGCGAAAAUGGACUUACGAGAAAAGUGACACACGAUGAAAGACGCCAUCAAGCAAAGCCAUGUUAACCAAUAGCAACCUCUUGAUAUAUUUCUGCGCGGUCGCGUGGUGCACCGCUCAAAGGCUGACCUAUGAGCAGCUUUUGCCCAACAGAAACAAUGGCAGGAAUGUCCGAAUGACGCCGGCCGUGAGCGAAGACAUUGUCAUGACACCUGGGCCUACGGGUAUCAGGAGACAGCCAUCGUUUCCAGGAUCGAUGCCGUUUCCGUGCAAGAACAUGACGUCUCCGGGACUCGGCAGGAGUAUUGUUCGGCCGACCAGCGUGCAUAGGCUCCGGCCCGGUGAUAUUGACGUGGUGGGAGCCAUGGGUGACAGUCUGGUAGCCGGAAACGGCGCGCUCGAAGAGUUCGCCAUGGGAACGUUGAUCGAGUACAGAGGAGUGUCUUGGGCGGCAGGUGGCGAAGCUACGUGGCGGAACUACCUGACAUUGCCCAACAUUCUCAAGGAAUUCAAUCCCGAUCUGAAGGGCUAUUCAGUGGGAAAAGGUGAAUUUCUCGCUCCUAACUCUCACAUGAACGUCGCUUUCCCCGUGUCAGCCGACUUUGACGCGUACAGGCAGGCACAGUUUUUGGUAAAGAAGAUGAAAAAAGACCCGGACGUGGAUUUCAAAAAUGACUGGAAGUUGAUAACCAUGUUUUUCGGCGCCAACGACUUGUGUUCGGGACAGUGUUACGACAAGGAUGGCACGACUCCGUUACAGCACAGCAAGAAACUGCAAAAAGCGUUAGACUACCUCCAAGCCAAUCUUCCUAGGACGUUCGUGAACCUCGUACCUGUCUUAGACGUAUCGGUCAGCGUACGCGUGAAGAGGUCGUUCAUGUGCCAUAUGCUACACAGGUUCUUCUGUACAUGUUUCCAUCAGAAGGGAGACGAAAUGGAUCAAAUCACGCAAAUGGUCAGAGAUUAUCAGACUGCCGAACAGAUUUUGAUCAACAGUGGUCGAUAUAACAAAAAAGAAGACUUCACCGUGGUCAUCCAACCGUUUAUCAAACUGUUCAACGCGCCGCUGGAUAAAAAGCGGCAAUUCGAAGAGGUCAUAGACAUAUCGUACGUCACCUACGAUUGUUUCCAUUUCAGUCAAAAGGGACAUGCUUUAGCUGCUAAUUUGUUGUGGAACAACAUGUUGCAACCCGUUGGCACGAAAUCGGAGAACACGAUGGAUUUCAUUAUGAAGGACUUCGUCUGUCCGACGAUUCGCAGCCCGUACCUAUUUACUGCUAACAAUUCAGUGCCAUUGGACUAUAGAAACGACAAUAGGCUCAGAUGAGCGAACAAUCGUCGAGCGUCGUUCGGGUCGUAAACAAUAUUAUACAUAYGAAAACAUACGACGUAGACCAUCAACGAUACAUACAUAAUUUAUAAUUAUCGUUUUUAAAUUAAUUAUUGUUUACUGUGUAUACAUUAUUAUUUUUUCAAAUGAUUUCUCGACGUUCGUUCAUUAUUAUUAUUAUUAUUAUUUUAAGAUUUGCAUAAAAUAAUUUUACACUUAUAGUACACAAGAAGUGUGUGUACUUUAUGUCGGUCGUCGAGUUCAGAGUGUAUCUGGUUAGCUAUUAUUAUUGUUAUAUUAUAGAUAAUGUAUAAUAAUA